CCAGAAAACAAUAUGGCGGCAAUUAUGCAGAACUUGGCGCGAGUUUUCCUUGUUUUGCCUUGAAUGGGACGAUUUAUUAGCAGCGAAAGUAUUAUAAAAGAUAAUGAAUCGUCACAUCAUUGAGAAAGUGGCCUUACCAAAGGGGGAUUCCCCCAGGACCAAGCAAAUGAAAGAACUUAGGGCCAAACGACUUGCUUACUUUGAAAACAGAGGGGCCUCAAGUGAUAGUAGCGCAGGGCCCCAGUUGAAUCAUUCUCUUCCUGAGAAAAGUGAGCCUCCUGUCAGACACAGAAAUCCUGGACUAAAAACAACUCUACCGAACUCUGAUGUGAGAAUCACUAAAACAACACCCAGAGAAGGAAUCAAGCAAAAGAAGACCAACACACCAAGGGGGGUUAACAAAACACUUACAGCUGCCAACACUAGUUCCCCCAGAUCUAAAGGUAGCCCCAGAAAUUCUGGAAACAAGGGGGUUAACCCUGGACAUACAGAGUUUAAUCCCUAUGUUGGUAAAUCUCAAAAGGCAAAAAACUAUCCUGAAAAUAGCAAUAGCACAGCUCAUCUGAUCAGAAACUCAGUUACUGCUGGAAAUAAGAAUCAUGGUGAGACACAAUUGCAAGAAAAGGAUUCAGCUUCACUUGGAAGAAGCAAUAGAAAUAAAAAAGUGAACGCAAACAGAGAGAGGGUAGAUGCUGUUAAUACAUCAAGUACUGAUGGAGGAUAUGUUGGUAUUGGAGCAAAAUCAAAGUACUCCAACAUUAAUACUGUGAAGGAUGAUAUACCUCUAACGCAGAUAAGUGAUGCAUUUACAGAGCAAAUGCUUUGUAAAGAUAAAUGUGUUUCAGAUAUUAUACAAAGCAGAAAGCAGCCCGCUGAAAUCAAAGUUGACAAAACUCCAAAAUAUAUUCAACAUGGAGAUAAACAAAAAAUUGCUGAUAACUGGUUUACACAAGAACAGGAAACUUUGUACACAGGUGAUUCUAAGAAUAAGGAUGUACCAAAUAGUGAGGAUUUUGACCAAGAUGACGUCUCUGAUAUUGAAUUGUCCACUCAUAGACUUGAUGACUAUGAUGAUUCUAUUAUAAGUGAUGUCAUCGAUGCUCAGGAAUAUUCAAAAUUGCAGUAUAGCGAAAACAUCACUGACAGCAGGGGAAAAGGUAAUCAAACUUCCCCAAAGACACAUGCAGUUGUAAAUCCAUGGGAAAAACCUGGUGCUGUAAAACACAUAGAACGCAGACAUACUUCAGAUAAAACAAAAGGCAAUACCAACGAAACUAUGGAUGAUUUCAGUCAGAGAAUUAAACCACGUACAAGCACAGCUUGGACAGAUGAAGGUAAUUUAGGAUUAAGACGAAGGUUGUCCAAUCAGCAACUCUCCAGCAGUAGCAAUCGAUCGAGUGAUAGCGACACUAGAAAACAUAAACUCUCCAUGCAGAGAUCUGUAAAUAACGAGCCUAAAAUAUCUAAACAAACUAUGAAAUAUUCUAACCUAAGCAUGGAUGGUGAGAAUGAUGUAUCUCAGACAUAUACCAGAGGAAUUGAUCAAAAUGUUUCCAAACAACUUAGGAAAAAAACAAACCCAAACAUGGACUGUGAUCAAGUGGAUGGAGAUGGUUUUAAAACACAUCGUCCAGAAAAUGAACCCUACGAGGGUGAUUAUUUUUCUACUCAGUGGACUCGUCAUAAAAGUAAAAAACCAGUUGCUAAAUAUGCCUUUUCAUCUGAUGAAAUUUAUAAUCAAGCAAAUCAAUUAACAAAAAUGAAAGAAAUGUCUAGAAAUGCUUCAGAAAAAGAGAAUGUGACUCAUAAUUCUGGCCCUGUUUAUCAUCAACAUGCCCCUGAAUAUGACAGUCCUGACCCUGAAUAUCACCACCCUGUCCCUGAAUAUACUCAGGUGAUGGCAAAUAAACAGAAAUAUGAACAAUCACAAAAUGACUCAAAUCUAGUCCAUGAAGAACCAUCUUCUAAUCAUAAAAAUGAUGACUUCAAAUACGCAACCCUGACAAAUGAAGACUUGGAACAUAUUGAGAGAGUCACCAAAAACAUGCAUAACAAAUUCCUCGGGUCAAAAUCAAAGCAAUACCCUAGUAUAUUCAUUGAAGAAAAUAACAACAAACUUGAUCUCAAAACAAAACAACCCACAAAUGUUUCACACCAAGAAACAACAAUCAACAAAAACAAGGACAAUCGGAAAAAAACUUUGGAUUUGCUAUUUAGUGAAGUCAAAAAACAGGAGUGUUUGGUUGAUGCGUUGGACAGACCAGAAUCCCCUGAUAGAUAUAGAAACUUUAUACGUCAUACUCUGACGUCUCCGGAGCCAGUAAAAUUUAAUCAACUGUCUCCUGAACAUAAAAGUAGGACUUACAGAACAAGGACCAACUCAAAGGAGAAUUAUAUGCAUGAGCGGCCAACAUCUGUAGAGCCUGGUGGUCACCAGCGCACCCUAAGCUCCCCUGGUCUCUCAGCACUCAAACAUAUAGAUGGCAUCAGAGGCUUCCACGAAAAUAGGACAUUGCAAAACAAAUCUCCUGGUAGUCAUGGCACCAGUGCAUCGAAAGAGAAUCUAAAACUUGAAGGCUCGUACUCGACUACAUCUCUAGAUCGCUACUUCUCAUCGAUUCAGGAUAUAUCAUCCAAAAACUCUGUUCAUUCUGAAAACUUUGAACCAAUCCCCGAACCAUCAAUUGAGGAAACUCCAAGGAUUAGCAUUGAUCAUAUAUUCGAUGAGAAACUAGCUAAGCAAUCGCCAAUCUCAGAUAGCGGGUAUAGCUCAAAGGAUUUAGGCUCCAGAGAGAAAGUGAGCCGACCCAAGGAUGUGAGUGAACCUAACAAAGAGAUUAUAAAUACGGGUAUCGCACAGAAUGAAAAACAAAACCAGGAGAGCGGAGGUGUAACAGCUAGACUUGAAAAACUUGGGAUCAAUCCAUCUUUAUUCAUUGAAAAAUCAAAAAAUACCCUAAAGGAUCCAGCGAAAGUUAACGAUGACAAAGACAUUGUGACGGUCUGCCCUGAUUGUCAAGGAGUGAAUAAACCCUACGUGACUUGGUGUUUGGAAUGUGGUUGUGUUUUGAUAGGUGUUGAUCCUGUUCCACGAAAAUUAAAAUCAUCACAACGGCCAAAAGUUCAAAACAAUGAUGUGAGAUCCUUGGAAAACCACAAUAAGGAUGAUGUGUAUAAUUAUAUGGAAAAUGAUACACCAGAUGAGUUAAUCGAAAUAGAUGAUGAGGAAGAAACACCAAACAAAACGUAUGAAAAAUGCAAUAAUGUUAAAGAAUUGUACAAUCAGGAUGAGCUGCCGUUAGAUAGUGAGAAGUAUAAUGACAUUCAAGUAGAAUAUAAAGACACAAAUCCUGGUGAAUAUUCAGACGAUCAAUCUCCAAGAUACGAACAAGAUAAUGAAUAUGAGAGUGAAAAUGAUUAUGAAGAUCAAAACAAAUUCCUUGAUGAAGAAAUUCAUGAUGAAGAACAUAAUGAUUACACCAAAGGAAAGGACUAUAAAGACCACCAUGACUUUGCUAGUCAAAAUGAUUAUGAGGGUAGCCAUAAUGACUAUGCUUAUCAAAAAGGUUAUGAUGAUAGUCAGAAUGAUGACACCAACCAAAUGGAUUAUGAGGACAACCAUGAUGAUUACACCAAUCAAAAGGAUUAUGAAGAUGACCACAGUGAAGAGGACUAUGACUCAUUUUUUAAAGACUAUAGAAAACAUGUCAGAGAAUACGAAGAAGAUAUAGGUGAACCCAUGCUACAGGAAUAUGAAAACAGUCACGACAACCUGGACAAUGUCAAACUCAGUAGUAGCUUAAACCAGAAGAACUCCACCUUACCCGAUGCCCUACGUGCAGAAUUAUCACUCACCUUGGAAGAUUCAUUCACUGCUAAAAUCCCUGGUGCCAAGGAUAAGUUUCAGAAGCUCUUAGAGGACUCUUUCAAUUCAGAAAAUGGUUUAUUCGGCAAGCAUAACAGGACUCAGAGCCAGGAAAGCAGAGGUUCAGAGUAUGAGAUCUUUGAGAGAGUUAAUGAUAGCUUGGAGCGAACUACUAGUAGGAACAAUUUCAAUAUACCUAUGUUGAAUUUAUCUGUUAUGAGUGAUCAUAGUGAUGAUGAUGAGGAGUUUGUUGCGGAAGACAGUCCUAAAGUUGAUCAAGCUAUUGGUCCUGACAAUGGAGCUAUGUUUAUCAGUCCAAAACAAGACACUGAGCGAAGUGCUCAAAAUACGCAGACAUAUCGUGAAGAAGGAGCAAUGUACAUAAGUCCAAGGCCCGGUGCAGAACGUAGCGAUCAAGAGACACAGUCAUUCCGCGAUGCUUACCAAGAAAACAAACAAGUUAAUAGACUCCUUCAGGAAGCUGGAUUUAAAAGAGACAAUCUUCCGUCUCCAAAACCUCCAAAACCAACCAAAUCCAAAGCCAAACCAGCCGUCUCAAGUAAAGUAAAAGAGACAAUAGAAUCAAAAUCUUACACCCGUCAUUGGCAAAAAUCGAGCACUGCUUGGUCAUCUUAUAAUCCCAGAGAACUAAAAUCGAGAUCGAGUCUUCCGCUGAGAUCAUCAAUGCCUAGCCCAGUCUCAAACAAAUCCAAAUCAAAUAUAAACCGUCCAAAUAAAUCUCAGGAAAAUCGCCCGGGGUCUGCAACCCGCAAUCGAGGGAAUUCAGCAAAGGCAGCAAAUAUAAGAGCUCAGAGAAACAAACCAAGGAGUUUUAGGAGCAGCGUGCUGGAGGAGGAGGUCCACAUGAUUGAAAGUGGUGGAGAGUCAAGAGAUCAAGGCUCCAAUGAGCCUGUUGAAAAGGGUCAAGGGGACUUUUUCACAGUUGGCGGAGCAAAACUGUCAAAAGGUCCAGUAUCUGAAAUCAGAAGAUCUGAAGACCCCUACGCAAAAUACAUAGCAAUGAGUCCGCGAAUAGAGGAAGGAGAUUUUUCCAUCUGGUUAUGUUUACCUGAUGAGGUAUUACUGUCCAUAUUCUCAUACCUUCCCCAUUCAGUCCUGGCCAGGUGUGCUCUAGUGUGCCAGCAGUUCUACAGAGUAGCCAUGGAUGAUAGUCUCUGGAGAAGUAUUUCCCUAGCGAACAAACAUAAUGUUAAAGAUGACUGGUUGGUGUGUAUCGGGCAACAUAGACCUAGACAACUGAAUCUAGCGUACUGCAAGGGGAAAAGAGUCACCAGUAAAGGACUAAGGGAACUUUUCAGGCUCUCUGCUGACACACUUCAGGAACUUGACAUCACAGGUUGCAAUGAAGGUGAACUAAAGGGUGAUUCUCUGAUCUUACAUGCAUUCUCACGUUGUACGGAGAUCAGGAAAUUAGAUGCAAGCUGGUGUAAUAUUGACAACAAUCAGCUAGCAGUUAUCUGUGAUAAUGCAACAAGGUUAGAGAGUAUAAGUCUAAAGGGCUGUCAGAAUAUUACUGAUGAGGGUGUGGAAAUGCUUGCCCUAACUCAUGGCACAAGCCUUGAAUCCCUGGACUUGUGUGGCUGCAUACAAGUGACCAAUGAAGGCAUCUACAAACUGUCUGUGAAUUGUAAAGGUUUACUGAGUCUUAGUCUCGGGGAAUGUUACAAGUUAUCUGAUGUAUGUAUAGGCCAACUGUCUAUGAGUCUGUGUGGCCUAGAGGUGCUAGAUCUUAGAGGAUGUAAACAGAUCAAAGAUGAUUGCAUAAGACGUGUGGUGAGGAACUGUCCAAGGCUGAAGUCUCUAACUCUUGGAAGUUGUCCUUAUAUAACUGAUGGUGCUCUAGUAGAAAUUGCAACAUAUAUGACUGGAUUGAGACAUCUCGAUGUACGUGGAAGUAAAAAAGUGACAGAUGUUGGUAUUCGAAACAUUGCACACAAUUGUAGGUUCUUAACUGAACUAGAUCUCAGUUCUACGGCUAUCACACAGAAAAGUGUUUUUGCCCUAGCAAGCUACGCUAUACAGAGACUAGAGGUGUUGAAGUUGAACUUCUGUAGGGACAUCACAGAAGGAGCACUAGCAAAACUAGCCAAGAAUUGCAAAAGAUUACACAUGUUAGAGCUGUUUGGUGGACGAAGGAUUAGAGAUAACGGUAUUGCUAGGAUACAAAUGGAAAACAAGAAUCUAGUUAUCAAAAUGUGAAUAUUUUGAGACUCUGGAAUCAUAUCCUACAUACCAAUGAAAACAAAAUUUAGUUAUCGAAAUCUGAACUCUGAGACUCUGGAAUGGUGUCCUACAUACCAUAUAAUGGGUAGGGGGCUCCAAAUUAUAUACAAUAUCUGUCUUAGCACCUUCCCUUUACAGCUUAAAGAAUAGACCAGGAGAAAGAGGAGGCAGCCACCCAAUGUUUAUCCCAAGUCACUUUGACACUUCUAGGCAGGCCUUAGUGAUGUAAUAAACAUAGGCCAAGGGCGAUAGAAAUAAUCUUUAAAUAAAGAUGGCUCUUAAAUAGGAUUCUGCUGCGGUCAUCAAUCUUUAUAUUGGCCCAAAACCAAAUUGGAAUAAAGUGCAAACUUAAUGACAUUUUAUUCAUGUCAUGAAAUGUUUUGAGCGAAAAUAUUGUCAGAUUGUGACCAUCUUUGAGGAAGUUUCAACUCAAGUCUAUGACACAGCUUAAUCAUCACUUAAUCCAUGUUCUGCACCUUUAUCACCAAUGGUGUUAUAUGAUACAAGCUGGAAAUUGAUUGAGGUGAAUAUGGGAUAAAAACUGUGAUGUAUAAAGUCUGCCCAUUUCAUCAUGAAUAAGUUGCAUCCAACUUGUAAGAAAUUAAAAAAUUGUAAAACUGAUGAUUGUCAUGGAAAACUAGAUGAAAUGUAGUCUUGGAAGAAAGAGACUCGAACAAAACAUUGUAUUUAUUAAGAAUGAAAGCUUAGUCUGUUGCAAGCACAAGAAAACACGACCAGUUUGAUAAACAUGAUUUACUACUGUACAUGUACAUAAGAAAACUGUACAGCUACUUUAAUGCAGAUGCUGAUUUUUCUAUUAAAUUAUUGACCAAUUAUGCUUAUUUUUGAAAAUAUGGUAGAUUGAAGUUUAUAUUUACAUAAUUUAUAAGAUGGAACUUGUAUAUUACUUGUAUAAUAUUUGUACAUGCAUAUAUGCAGUCAUUUUAAUGUAUCGUAGAACUGUGAUAUGAUACAUCAGCUGUAAAUCAUUCAGUCUGACAUAGACAUUAGAGAGAUUUUGUGACGCAAUUACUGUACAGCAUGUUUAUAACUUAUAAAGUUUGUGUUCUAU